AUGGCUGAUGAAAACUACACAAGGAUCACAGAGUUCAUUUUUGUGGGCUUAAAGUACCACCCUCGGUUGCAAGUCUUCCUUUUCCUGCUCUUCCUCUUUUUCUACCUAUUUACCAUGACAGGAAACACGGGCAUGAUUAUCCUCAUUCGCCUGGACCCCCGCCUUCACACGCCCAUGUACUUUUUCCUCAGCCACCUGUCCUUUGUGGACAUCUGCUUCUCCUCAGUGGUGGGGCCCAAGAUGCUCGCUGACUUCUUCUCUGAGAGGAAGGCCAUCUCUUUCGUGGGCUGUAUCCUGCAGCAGUGGUUCUUUGGUUUCUUUGUGGCCAUUGAGUGUCUCCUGCUGGCCUCCAUGGCCUACGACCGCUACGUGGCCAUCUGCAACCCCUUACUCUAUUCAGUGGCCAUGUCCCCCAGACUCUGUCUCCAGCUGGUGGCUGGACCCUACACUGUGGGUUUCCUCAACACCAUGACUCAUACGACGGCGGCCUUCCGACUUCCUUUCUGUCGCUCCAAUGUCAUCAAUCAUUUCUUCUGUGACAUGUCCCCCAUCCUCUCCCUCGUCUGCGCAGAUACUCACAUCAAUAAAUUGCUGGUGUUCAUCGUGGCUGGGGCUGUCCUCAUUGUCAGCAGCCUGACCAUCAUCAUCUCUUAUUUCCACAUCCUCAUCGCCAUCCUCAGGAUUCGCUCCGCCGAGGGGAGGCGCAAAGCGUUUUCCACCUGUUCGUCUCACCUGACGGCUGUUUCUAUCCUCUAUGGGACCCUCUUCUUCAUCUACGUGCGGCCCGGAGCGAUCUUCUCUCUGGACCUCAACAAAGUGGUGUCCGUGUUCUACACGGCGGUCAUUCCCAUGCUGAACCCUCUCAUCUACAGCUUAAGGAAUAAGGAGGUGAAAGCGGCCGUGCUCAGAGUGAUCGCCAGGGUGAAGUUGGGCAGUAGGAGUUAG